AUGCCAGCAUUUGCUGAUUCCCUCGCACAGAGUAGUGCGUUUAAGAUCCCGUUUGCAGACUUCUCCACAAAUGUUGUUGUCAAAGAUAAUGAGCAAUUGUUCUUUGCAUCUGGUGAUACUGUUAUAGCCAUGGAUUUGACAUCGCCAGCUCACAACUUCAAGCUUUUGAAUCUAGGCGAUUCACACCGCAUCAACAGCAUCCAACUCAAUCAUACCCAUAGUUUGUUGGCUCUUAUUUGUCGCAGGUGUAUCAUUGUUGUCUGUUUGAAGCGUAUCCCAUUUUUGGAUCCAAACCAACCCUGGGAACCACUUAAGUUUGUCAUUAAUCUUUCAAGUGAUGUACAGUCAGUUUCGUGGCAUCCUGCAAGUUACUCGGCUACUGAUCUAGUGGUUUUGACGAAAGAGAGAUUGCAACUGUUCGACAUCAUCAAGUCAACGACGAAGGCCAAAUUUGACGAGAAGUUGGAGGAUCUAGCGCUUCGUGAAACUCCCAUCUCCAUCGCGUUUGGUUCUGCUCUCAGUCUUUCUGGCUCCUUGUCACUUUAUUACAGCUCCGCUUCCGGAUAUAUCUAUUCACUCUUUCCACUUAUAUACCCUGUUGACCUGUUCGUGUCCGAGACUCAGGAACUAGUCAGCAUGGUAGAGGGGAAGUUCCCUCCUAGAGUGAUUGCUGGCCAUCCCUCCAACAACGACUUGUUAGUGCAGCUCAACUUUGGUUUGGAUCUUCAGAAUCAAAUCGAAAGCCCUUUGUUGAAUUCGUCGGAUCCUUUCAAAGUGCUUCGGUUGAAACACUUGCCGAUGGAUCCCUUGAUUUCGGGACCAUACGCCCAGGUCGCUGCAAACUCGCUGCUCACAUCGCUAGACACGAAUACUGCAGCAUCGGUGAUCAUCGCCCACCAUGAUUCUGAGUCCCAAUUUGAGAUGACGUACUUGGCACAACUAUCACCUCUAGUGAUGUCCAGCGCAUUCGAUAUUCCAAGGCCAGAUGCUCCGCAAUAUACAGCCUCACUGCAGGCCAAGAAGGAUAAUGAUAAGUAUGUCAAACCUAAGAAAGGGUUUGGCCUAGCAUUCGCAUCUGAUGAUGAGCUGGAUGAUGAGGCUAGCACAAACAGUCAAUUUGUUGACUACUCGAAAGCAUGGGAAAUUUACGAAUUGAAGGUCAAGUGUCAGGACUUCAUUCUUCUGCAUCAGAAACUCACAUCACUAUCUGUGGAGCAUUAUAAGAAGAAAUCGCCUGGCGCCGCAUCUGUCAUAGCACAAACGUUUGGACGUAUCUUGCUAUGUGUUAAAGACAAAGUUCAGGUUGUUGAUUGCCUGCAAUGGUUUGGGGAAUUAGAGGAUGGCUUUCCUCUAGGUGUUGCUGAAUUCUAUUCGGUAAAGACGACUUUCUCUGUCGAGAAGCCCCUUACAGCAAUAGCCCUAAUUCAUGACGUCUCUAGGGGCGAGAUUGUUGUUGCACAAGUCUAUCCUGAAGAUGGACUGGACGAUGAAGCCGGUGGAGGCGAAGAGGACCCAGCUCAAGUCCAAGCCAACUUCGACGCAAAGACAGUGCACGACAUUGGUAUCUCUGCAAAUGAACUCAAACGCAUGUUGAAGUACCCCAGCAACGCUCAAACGACCUUCUCGUCUAAAACAAGGAAUGCAGAGGAUCUUAUUGCAUUGUCAAAAAUCUCAGAUGUUACUCGGGCUCACAUUCAUCAACUUUCAAAAUUCAUCAUUGCGCUUGUUGGCAAACUCGAGGUACAGCAGAAGCGUAACUUGAUGCACAGCUCUCUUCUUGAUGGGAUAAGCCAAUAG